AUGAGUAUAUUACUUGUUCUUCCACUUAUAAUGGCUCAAAUAGCACAACCAUUGCUUAUUCGUCAAAUUGUUCUGUGCAUUGAAGAUCAAUCAGGAUUACCAUCGUACGCUGGUUACCUAUGUGGUCUUGCUCUUUUCACUUCUUGCAUAGUGCAAGCCAUUGUUUCUGAACAAAUCUUUUUUCGAAAUGGUCGUACUGGUAUGCGAAUUCGUAAUAGCUUAUCAUCUGCCAUCUAUAAACAUUUGUUGACAACUAAUACUGCAACUCUUCACAAGACUACUGCUGCUCAGAUGAUCAAUUUAGUUGCCAAUGAUGCCAGUAAAUUUGAAGAACUUAGUAUGUUCAUUCAUACUCCACUACUGGCAACUAUGGAAGCGCUUGCGGCUUUUGGUCUGAUUUUUUGGCACAUUGGUUUACCAACAAUAUUCGGCUAUGCAGUACUGGUUUUAUUAAUACCUAUACAAUUCAUUUUCAGUCGACAGUUCAGUCGAUACCAAAAUAUUACAAUGAAAUGUACAGGCAAACGUGUGCAAACGAUCAAUGAACUUGUCAAUGGCUGCCAAAUUAUUAAAAUGUAUAAUUGGGAAAAAGCGAUGGAACAACGAGUACAUGAAACACGUCUACGUGAACUUUCGAACAUUUACAAAGUUAGCUGCUUAAGAGCUCUCAAUGUCGCUUUUGCUUUUACAUCAUUACCUUUGAUUUCUCUUGCUACAUUCGGUGGUAGUUGGUUACUGGGUCAAACUUUGCUGCCAGAAAAUAUAUUCACAACAGUAGGCUUUUUCGUCAUGGUCCGAGUUCCAGUAACAAUUUGGUUACCCAGUGCGAUUGAAAAAUUCAGUGAGGCUCGUGUUUCUGCAAGACGAAUCGAUCAGUUUAUGCAACUCGAUACGUUGUCCAAUAAACGUGAAAAAAUGGAAAAUGAAAACGAACAUCAUGCAAUCAUAAUGGAAGAUGCAUGCUUUUCUUGGAAAAAUACUCCUUCUUUGUUUUCUCUCAAUCUCAAAAUUAGAAAUGGGAAUUUAGUUGGUAUAAAAGGUUCAAUUGGUGCUGGCAAAUCAACCUUACUUGCUGCUAUUCUAAAUGAGAUUAAUCUUGUAAGUGGCAAAUUACAACUGCAUGUUAAAUCAAUUUCAUAUGCUCCACAAUCAGCAUGGAUAUUUGCUGCCACUAUUCGAGCUAAUAUUCUUCUUGGUAAACCAAUGAUUGACGAACGUUAUAAGAGUGUAAUAAAAGCAUGUUGUCUUGAUAUCGAUCUAGAGAAUUUUGGUGAAGUUGGUGAUUUAUUGAUAAUUGGUGAUAAAGGUGUCAGUUUGAGUGGUGGACAAAGAGCUCGUAUGUCUCUUGCUCGUGCUUUGUAUGCCGAUGCUGACUUAUAUUUACUCGAUGAUCCACUUGCUGCUGUGGAUCCAAAGGUGGCAAAGCAUAUCUUUGAUCAAUGUAUUGGUCCUCGUAGUUUCCUUCGUGGAAAAACUCGAAUAUUGGUUACACAUCAAACACAUUUUUUAGUUGAAACAGACCAAAUAUAUCUCAUGACAAAUGGUCAAAUUGAAGAAUUGCAGAUAGAACAAAUACCUACAAUGGAACUGUCGAAUGAUACAUCAGCAACAGAAUCAUCUAACAACAAGGAAACAGACUGGGUACCUAAUUCUGCUAUAGCUGAUAUGAAUUCAAUUAUCAAGAAUGAGACAUCAGUUGAAGGUGCCAUCAAGUGGAGUGUUUGGCUAAAAUUAUUUACUGCACCACCUUUACGAUGGUUUGGUUUAUUUCUGAUGAUUAUUUUUAUGCUCAUUAACGAAGCUGUGUACGACUUUUCAAAUGUUUGGCUUGCUAUGUGGUCAGAUAAAGAUUAUAGCGAACAACGAUUAUCAUUUUAUGCUUAUAUCUAUCUGGGAGCUGUUAGUUCUAUAUUGAUCGUAGCGAUCAUACGUGUUGGUUUUGGCUUUUAUAUUAUGCUGCGUGGUUCGACCUAUUUACAUAAUCGAAUGCUCACAGGUAUGUUGUAUACUUCAUUACGUUUCUUUGAAAGUAAUCCAAGUGGACGAAUCUUGAAUCGAGCGAGCAAAGAUCAACAAGUAUUAGAUCAAUCAUUACCAGUAGCUUUAAUUGAUACUAUGCAAUAUCUUCUGAUGAUUAUUGGUUCUAUUACAGUCAUUGGAAUGACUAACCUAUGGGUACUUCUAAUUCUCAUUCCUUUGAUUCCUUCAGUUUUAUGGCUUCGUCGAUUUUACAUGCGUUCAAGUCGUCAACUCAAACGACUCGAAAGUGUAACACGUAGUCCUAUUUAUACGCUCUUCUCAUCAUCAUUUGAUGGGCUCACUAGUAUUCGUGCAUUUAACGUUCAAGACGAUUUUUUAAAUAUGUUUAUGGACAGAAUUGAUACCAACUCACGAGCUUACAUUAUUCUCUCUACGUCUGCAUAUUGGUUUGGUCUACGACUCGAUGUUAUGGUAUCCUUUCUCACGUUGAUUACCGCUCUACUUGCAGUAUUUUUUCGUCAUCAAAUUUUACCGUCAGCAGCAGCACUUAGUUUCAUAUAUUGCAUCAGUUUAACAGGUCUCUUUCCAUGGGCUAUGCGACAAUCAGCCGAAGCUGAAAAUUCCAUGACUAGUGCAGAACGUAUUCAUGAAUAUAGUCAACUAGUACUAGAAAGUCGACAGAAUAGUAACGAGAAUCAUGUUCUUAUUCAACCAGCAGAGGAUUGGCCUUCUCGUGGUAUUAUCGAAUUUAAAGACUAUACUUUUCGCUAUCGCCCAGAACUUGAUUCGGUACUUAAAAAUAUUAAUCUACGAAUUGAAUCUAAGGAAAAGAUUGGCGUUAUUGGUCGAACAGGUGCUGGCAAAUCAUCUCUUCUUCAAGCUCUCUUUCGACUUGUUGAUCAAUCAGCAAUCAAUGGAACUAUACUCAUUGAUAAUAUCGAUAUUGGACGUCUUUCACUUCAUCAUCUUCGUUCUCAUCUAAGUGUUAUUCCACAAGUACCCAUACUUUUCUGUGGUACACUUCGGUAUAAUAUCGAUCCAUUCGAACAAUUUUCAGAUGAAGAAUGUCUUACAGCACUUGACGCUGUUCAACUCAGACAAUUAGUGCGCAAUCAUCCCGAUGGAAUUCAUCUAUUAGUAGCUGAAUCGGGUGUUAAUUUAAGUGCUGGUGAACGUCAACUGAUUUGUGUAGCUCGAGCCAUUUUGAAGAAGAGUCGUAUAUUGCUGAUUGAUGAGGCUACAGCAAAUGUUGAUCAUGCAACCGACAGGAUGAUUCAAGAGGUGAUCGCUGACAAGUUUCGCGAUCGUACCAUUCUAACGAUUGCUCAUCGAUUGAAUACAGUCGCUAAUAGUGAUCGAAUUAUUAUGUUACAACAAGGAGAAGUUGUCUAUUUCGAUGUGCCUAGUAAUAUUCAUCUAACUUAA